AUGAAUCCAAAAAAAUGCGGAUUUGGGGUGUCUUCAGCGAAGUUUCUUGGUUUUGUGGUGCAUAGUAGAGGCAUUGAUGUUGAUCCCAGCAAGAUCCGGGCCAUUGCAUCUCUUCCACCACCCUCAAGUCAGAAAGAAUUGAAGUGUUUCUUGGGAAGAUUGUCUUACAUAAGACGCUUCAUACCUGGUUUAGCUGCUGUUAUCCAAGCAUUCAGACCUCUGUUGAAAAAAGGGAACAAAUUUACGUGGAACGCUGAAUGCGAGGAGGCUUAUUUGAAGGUUCAGCAGCUCAUCACCAAGCUCCCAACCAUGAAAGCACCAACUCCAGGCGUCCCCUUAAAAGUGUAUUUGGCCUCCACCAAUGCAGCAGUGGGAGCAUUAUUAACACAAGAUGGUGAAGCUAGAGAAGAAUUUCCUAUUUACAAUGUGAGCAAGCUUUUGAGAAGAGCUGAAUCACCCUACCCUAAGGCAGAAAGGCUUUGUUUAGCACUUGUCUAUGCAGCACAAAGGUUACGCCACUAUUUUUUGGCUCACAAGCUUCAACUUAUGGUGAAGACUGAUUUGGUCAGAUAUUUGCUGACGAAACCAGUGCUGUCAGGGCGGUUGGCAAGAUGGCUGCUCCAGUUGUCUGAGUUCGACAUUGUAUGUACGACACCAAGGGCUAUUAAGGGGCAAGCCGUGAUCGACAUGAUCACUCUCUUCCCAGAAGAAGAAGGAUUUGAUGUUUCUCAUGACAUACUCGGAGAGUUACCUGGAAUGACAGCAGUGGUUGAAGGAGAGGAGCCUUGGACCCUUCACUUCUAUGGGUCAGCCACGGCUAAUGGAGGAGGAGCUGGAGUUGUACUCGUUGACCCUAAGGGGCAUGCCAAACCCCUUUCGUUCAAACUAAACUUCUCAUGCACCAAUAAUGUGGCAGAGUAUGAAGCUUUUAUUGCUGGGCUCGCAACUGCACAUGAAUUGAGAGUCAAGAAAAUCAAAGUGACCGGGGAUUCAAACCUAGUCAUUAGCCAAUUAAAGGGAGAUUUUGCAGUGAAAGAAGCAACCUUGGCACCCUAUAGGACUUUGGCAAAAAAGUUGAUCAAGAAGUUUGAGCAAAUAACUCUUAAGCACAUUCCCGGCAACACUAACAGAUAUGCAGACGCUUUAGCUACCCUUGGUUCCAAGCUUUCAUUCACAAGGGAGCAACCCAACAUCACUGUAAUCCAAAACAACAAGCCAUGUGUAAAAGCUAUGAUUUUCUCAAGCCCAUCAAGAGGAGUAUUAGCCCGCUGUGUAGAUGAAAAAGAAGCUCAGAGGAGAUUGCAAGAAGUACAUGAGGCCACUUGUGGGGUUGAGCAGGUGGUCAGCUUAUACCGGAGGUUGCAACAUAGAGCUUAUUACUGGCCAGACAUGAAGAAACAAGCAGCGGAGAUGCAACUCUCAUGUUCUAAGUGCUCCUUGACUUUGUCAGAGCAGGAAGGAUUUACAGCAGCAAUUACUGAAGAUUGGAGGUCACCAUACUUGAAAUACCUCAUAAGUAAAACAUUGUCGGAAGAUCGUAAGCAUGCAUACAAGGUCAAGAAGACGAUGAAAAGGUAUUUUGUGGAUGGGAGCACGUUGUAUAGAAAGGGAUUCAAUGGUGAUCCAUUAAGAUGCCUUGGGACUACUGAAUGUUAA